ACGUGAAUGGUUUCCGAAAAGUUCAACCAAAACCAGAUUUUGGUAAAAAUAAUUAUCAACAUCUAAAACGCAAUGCUUCCCAUCACACGCAACGUCGCUGCCGCCUUUCGGCCAACAGCCUUCUCCAUCCGGCUCAUGUCUACCAAGCGCAUCUUUGUGGGCAACCUCCCCUGGGCUGCACGGACUGACGAAAUUUCUGCCCUCUUUGCUCAGUACGGUGAAGUCAAGGCCACUCGAGUCAUGAUUGACCGUGCUACAGGGCGAAGCCGUGGCUUUGGGUUUGUGGAAAUGGAGGAGGAGGAUGCUCUCAAGGCCAUCAGCUCGCUCAAUGGUAGCAACUUCAAGGGUCGGGAUUUGAGGGUUAACGAAGCUACAGAAAUGCCUGAUCGUCCUCCCCGUGAACCCCGCAACAGGUUUUAAUUGGUGCCAGAGACUCAACGUGACGUUUACUUCUCCCUGUUCGCCGAUAUUCAGGCGCUGGCAAGCGGCGGUCGGUGCUUUAAUUUAUUAGAGAAACCACUUGAUGGGAAAUCUUAAUUGUUGAGAGCCGUAUUCACACUUCACUUGGCCCGCUGUCCCGCCAGCAUGGAUCGUAUUGUAUUCUGCUUUUAAAUAGCCUUCAAUAUUGGUACAUGUAUAUAGACAUCUUGUCUCUUUAUUUGCGAGCAAAUCUUUUCAUGUCAUUUAAACGCAUCUUUUCGCGCAACCAAGCAGAGUCUCGGUAAUAUCUGAGAAUGAAAGGUGGAUUAGUGCCAAUAUCUAUAUCCAGCCGCACCGAUGCAACAUACUUUGGAUCGCAGAGCUGUAUUAUUGCGCGCAGGUAGUAAAAGUAGUAGACCAUCUCGGCUGUGUAAAAGACAGGAAUUAGUUUAAGGGCUACCCCCUAAAAUGCUUGAACUGACCUAUUCGAAA